UUGAUUUUGAAUGGUUAAUAAUAAUUAUUUUUUUUUUUUAUCAACAACCAUUAUUUGGUAUUUUGCUAUUUAAAAUUUUUGCGAGUUGAAAGACGCUAGACUUUCACUAAUUUUAACAGUCGUUACAUGGUAAAGAUAUUUUAAAACUCAUUAUACGGUAAAAUCUAAACUAGCUAAAGGAACGUGUUGACGGAGUGAAUUUGAAAAUAAAAUUAGCUAUGUCGUUAGGGUUAGUUCAACGACUGUCAGUGACUCGCUGGCUUAGUGGUUGAAAAACUACGAUUUGAGCUUAAUUUUAAGCCUUAAGUUUGCUAUCGUUUUAGUACCACUACUGUUGACAGCCAACAAUUUGAACACUAAGUUAGCGACUGUGCUAAGGAGUAAACCAAUCAAACUAUGGCCUCUAAUUCAUUUCCUCAAGAAAAUACACUUCGAAUUACUCAUGUCUCUCACGAACAGGGGAAGUUGUUAAAGUUUUGGGCCCAGUUUGACUUGAAUGCAGUGCAGGAAAUUAGUGAUACUCUUACACAGUAUCAUCAAGUGUUAAAAGAUGCUCCAGGGUUUCUUCAUCAGUGCCAGUUACCUUUAGGAUCCCUGUGCUGUGCCAGAUCAUUUAGAGAUGGCCAGUGGUAUAGAGCUAAAGUAGUUGCUCUACCACCUACUAAUGGAUCAGUUGUUGCAGUGCAGUAUAUUGAUUAUGGAAAUGUGGAUAUUGUGUCUGUAGGAGAUAUUCGUCAGAUUGAAGAAAAGUAUUUCUCAUUUCAUCCUCAAGCUGUUGAAUGCUUCCUUGCAGAUGUAGUCCCACCUGGGCCAGAUGGAAUUUGGAAUCAAACGUCUAUUGCUUUUUUUGAAGAACAAAUGUUAAUGAAAGAGGUUGUUGGAAUUAUUCUUGGUAGGUUAGGAGAAAGCGUAGCUGUCAGGCUUCCAAUUGCUUGUGUUUUGGUUGCAAAGGGUUUUGCAGUUCCACACAGUAGUUAUAGAUCAGACAAUGAUGGACUCAGAGCAAUGCCAUUUGAUGCAACUAAACAGCAUCAAGUUUAUGUGUCACAUAUUGAAUCCCCACAAAAAUUUUAUAUACAUUUAGUAGAGAAGGAAUCAGAUCUAAAUUCACUGAUGGAUGCAGUUACUGAGUUAGUUGCUUCAGGAAGUGGGUUGAUACCUUUAAACCAGUUUUCUCUGGGGAUGCCGUGCAUUGCACAGUUCAGUAGUGAUGAGAGCUACUGCAGAGGAGUGGUCUGUGGAGUGACUGGAGCUAAAUGUAGAGUGUUUUUUGUGGACUAUGGAAACUCUGAAACAAAAAGUUUUUCAGAGUUGUUCCAACUUCCACGGGAAUUCAUGACACUACCUGCUCAAGCUAUAGAAUGUUCUCUUGGCAGUGAGUGCACCAUCAAUACCACAGAGCUUAUAGAGUCUACCUGUAACAAACGAUUGCUUUGUACUGUACUUAAACAAGAUAAUGGGUCUUACAUUGUUACUUUAUAUGUAGAUGGAAGAAAUAUUGCAAGUCCAAUUAAAUUAAGGCCAAACUGUUUAAAGUUUAAUAGAAUCAAUUUAAUGGGGGAAACAGCCCAUGAAGUUGUAGUGUCACACAUUCAAAGUCCUGGUAAUUUCUAUUGCCAGUUAGCUCAAGAAACUUCUAACAUUGACACAGUAAAGGCUGAGAUUGUAAGUGUCUACAAAGGCACUGACAAUUCAUCAUUCCAGUUGUUAGCUGAAGAGUGUUGGAUUGGUCGACCAGUAUGUGCUCGUUUCUCAGAGGAUUCUGAAUGGUAUAGAGCAGAAAUAAUGUCGGUUUUUCAGGAUAAUAAAGUUGAAGUUUGGUUUAUUGAUUAUGGAAAUUCUGAAGUUACAGAUUUGGAAAACAUCAAAUGUUUAAAACCAGUUUUGCAAAAAAUGCCUGUUCAGGCUCUCCAAUGUUCAUUGUUUGGAAUAGAAGCAUUGAACAGAUCUUCCCUAGAGUCUCAUAAGGUUGUGGAAUUUUUUGAAGAAUUGACACUUAAUAAUAUUCUUGUAGUAAAAAUCAAGAAUAUAACUAAAAAUGGCAUUCAUGAAGUGUUGAUGUAUAAUAUGACAUCCAAUCCACCAGUUGAUAUUAAUGAAGAAAUAAAGGUGUUUGUUUCUUCUUUAAACCAAAUAACAGUUCCUCUUCCUCCAGUUGAAGAGAUUGAAGCUGUUUAUGUAUCAUACUUUGAAUCACCAACUUGUUUUUUUGGACAGCUGUCAAAAUACUCUGUAAAGGAUUUGGAACAGUUUCAAGAACAGCUGAAUUUAUUUUACAGUAAUGGUUCUCCUGAGACACUUCUCAAUCCAAAAGUUGGAGAUUUUGCUUGUACUGUAUUUUCUGAAGAUGGACAUUUCUAUCGUGGAAAAUUGCAGAGUGUUUCUGGGACUUACUGUGAUGUAUUAUUCAUUGACUAUGGAAAUGGUGAAAAAAAAGAUAUAAAAUCACUUUACAAACUUCUUCCAAAGUUUUCUCUACUACCACAACAAGGAUUGCACUUGAGCUUGGUCAACUGUCCACCAAGAGCACCUUCAGAUAAACUGCGAGACCUAAUGCAAGAUAACAUUCUUCAGGUUCGAGUGCUACAAAAGAGAGAAGAGGUGUAUGAAGUAGAACUAACAGAAAAUUUUUCAGGGAAUGUUACAAUACUUGAAAUCAUGAGACAACAUGAAGGCCCAUCUUUGCAGAAACCUGUAUUUACCAGUACCAGAGGCUUCAAAUGGCCUGAGAUUGCAAUUGAGUCACCUGCAAAUCAUGUACUUAUCAGUUUAUGCAUGAAGUACUGGAGUUUGGUGAAGGAGCUGUAAAGAAUAUUGG